AUGGGCAAGCCGUUCCAAAGAGUUCAUGCCUCUAUAGUAGGCAAGUUUGAAGACGGUUACGGCGAAAAGAUCCCACAGUGGAUUCGGGCGAAUGGAGGACAGUUCUCGAGAGAUGUGGAUCAGCGAGUGACCCAUCUCAUUGCCACAAAGGAUGCGUUUAAAAACAAUGCAGUUCCAGUGCAAAAUGCCAAGAAGAUCGGCACCAUCAAGAUCGUCUCAUACGAUUGGCUUGAAGACUCGCUGCUAUCACCAACCCGCCGACCAAAGCUCGAGGGGCCAUAUCUGCUGAAGAAUCUGAUGAAGCCUGAGAAGAAGGAAGUCCAGAAGAAGGUCACAAAGUCCUCAAAGGUGGUCAAGGAGACCAAGGCAAAAACUCCAAAACGUCGGAUAGUUGAUCCUUUCGUCGGUCUAAAGGGUAAAAAAAAGCCCGUGCGCCAAGUGUACCAGGACAGAAAGACAAACGUGGUUUACAGCAUCACCUUGUUCCGUCCAUCAAAACCACCAGCUACCAGCAGAGAAAAAUACCAAUUGACUCUCUUCGAAUCCAUCGCCGAGCCACAUACCUACUCGACCUAUGCCAAAUUCAGCCGCGUUGGCACAUCCAAUGUCGAACUUCUGACUGGACCAAAGGUUAAGCUCGAGCUUGCAGUGGACAAAUUCAAGCAGUUCUUUAAACAACACACUGGAAAGGAAUGGGAUGAAAGGGCAAGCGGAAAGAUGCCACCCACCAAGACAGACUCCGACGGAAACAUCUUGCCUGUUCACGAGGGAUGGUUUUAUCUCGAGGAAAAGACGACUAUCCUUGGUGCAUUUCUCAGGGAACCCCAGAGCACAGGUUUUCAAGGAUCGACUGACCGGGCUGCAAGCGAUAAAAUCAAAGAGGACGGUAUUGAAGAUAAAAUGGCAGAUCAUCAAGUUGAAGAUGGGGGUGAAGGCUGA